GAAAGAGCAGGCGGGGCGGCCGAAAGAUGGCGGCGCGGGUGGUUGCCGGGCGGGGAACGCGGGCUCUGUGAGGGGAUGGCGGCGGCGAGGCGGGCGGCGCGCCGCGGCUGAGGCACCUCCCGCGCGUUCCUGUCGGUCGGUCCCAUGAGCGGGGCGGGCGGGCUGGCGUGGCGCGCGCUGCACGCGCUGGUGCGCGCCCUGCUCUGCCUGCAGCGCGCGCUGCUCGCGUGCCUGCGCGGCCGCGCAGCCGCCGCCGCCGCCGCCUCCUGCGCGCUCCUCGCGCCUGCCGCCCGCGCGCUCGGCCUCCGCGAGGCGCGCGCGGCCUGGCGGCGGCAGCGGCGACACUCACCCGGGCACGCGGCGGCGGCGCGCGGGCGGCUGCGGUGGCGCGCGGACGGGCGCGCCUUGGGGAAGCUGCCGGUGCACGUGGGGCUGGUGGUGACCGAGGAGGAGCCGAGCUACGCCGACAUGGCCAGCCUGGUGGUGUGGUGCAUGGCCGUCGGCAUCUCCUACGUCAGCGUCUACGACCACAACGGUAUUUUCAAGAGGAAUAAUUCAAGACUGAUGGAUGAAAUUUUAAAACAGCAGCAAGAACUCAUAGGACUAGAUUGUUCCAAGUACACAGUGGAAUUUGCAAAUCAAGACAAAACCGGUCAAGUUUUAAAAUGCCAAUCUACAUUGAAGGUGCUGUCUCCAGAAGAUGGAAAAGCAGACAUAGUAAAAGCUGCUCAGAACUUCUGUCAGUUGGUAGCACAGCAGCAAAGAACACACACAGACCUGGAUGUGAAUGUGUUAGACAACUUAUUAAGUAGUACAAAUGGAUUUCCUGAUCCUGAUUUAGUCUUGAAGUUUGGUCCUGUGGACAGCACAUUAGGAUUCCUUCCAUGGCACAUCAGACUGACAGAGAUCAUUUCUUUGCCUUCCCACCUAAACAUCAGCUAUGAAGAAUUUUUCUCUGCCCUCCAUCACUAUGCAGCCUGUGAGCAACGCUGGGGAAAGUGACUUCUGGCUGAGCACGUGGAGUCAGGCUUUCUAUGGGAAGGAGUCGAUGUCUGUUUACAAGCACCUGUGACCCAUAAGUUUGGUUCAUAGUCCUUUCUUAAUUUAUCAAAAAAUUCAAUAAAGUGUCUUACCUUUCUAGACAGUCUGUGUGAAUGCGUCAGAAUCUAUGGGAAUGGGGAAUAUGCAGAUUUCCUGUAUGAAAAAAGACAGUUGUAAACAAAGCUGUUCAAAGCUGAAUUACCCUCACUUUCAUGUCCAAGUGACCAAAAGAACAUGCAAGAAUUAAGUUUUGUGAAAUCUACAGGACAACGUAAAUAGGAGUUCCAUGCCCUGAAGGUCCUUAAAUCCAAGAAAGAACUCUCAUCUUUGUUUCUUCUUAAUUCUUCAUGGUCAGGCAUUUCAGAGCUAAUGGUUUAUCUUUGGAUAUAUUUACUAUGUAAUAUGUGAAUUCCAGAGAAGUUGGUUCUGUUAACUGAGAAUAGAGACUGCUACUUGGCUGGGAUGACUAAGCCAGUUGUGUCAAGUUCUAGAAAUACAAAGAAGAUUCCAUAAAAAGGAAUGGAAGCUUCUAUGGUUGAGUUAGGCAGUCUGUGUAGGACUAGUCAUCUUCUUUUUUUUUUUUUUUUUUUGUUCCCCCUCUUUGAGAUUGAAUGAAGGUAUUCCCUACAGUCUUGAGUGAAACAUCUCUUGGUUCAGUUUUCAUAGGGAAUAAGCAAAAACAGUACUAUGUAUUGUUUGUAUACCUAUUUGCCCCAUAAAAUGCUCACUUAAGGUAACAAGCAGACUAAGGCUCUGGCAUCACUUGCUGAAAGAUUUGAAAAUGAACUGGGUCAACUUCCAUGGAUAAUGCGACUCGCUUCUUCUGUACCCAGCAAGGGAGACUGCUUAAGCCUUUUAUUAGGUUUGUUGUGAACUGAGCAUUACAAGUUUGAAUGGAGGUCUGCAGCAGACAAGAUGGAAGAUGAAGUGAAGCUUCACUACACUAUCUCAAAACUGAGAUAAUAGAUAUAUUGGCUAAAUGGUCUUCAUCUUGGAAUGCCCUGUUUGAGUUACAUUCCUAUUGUUGGAAGUAAUUUGAAAUUAAAAGUUUAUGGCAGCAUUUGGACAAAGCAAUAUCUUUAGAGCUGUAUUACUGGAGACUAAUACUGCAGCCUUUUGCCUUGCAGGCUGUAGAACUGUUGGACGCUUCAUUCUGGAAGUGUUUCCUGUUUCCCUCUCCCCCCACCUCUUCAGAAUGAGUGGCUUUAUCUCCUUUGGGAUAGCCAUGUCACUAGAAGGGAAAACAACUGCUUUUAAAAGGGAAUUGUCACAUUUUGAAUGAAUGUCUGCCUCUGUGAAAUGGUGUAUAUUAACUGUUGUUGCUCGAUGUAGUGUUACAAAGCAGAUUGCAUAAACUCUUAGCUGCGGUUUUUCAUCACACCAAGAUCAGAUUGCAGUUACAGGAGACCUGUGGUCUGCUUUAUCUUAUAAAAAAAGGUGUUUAUUCAAUUAACUAAUGGUUUUGACAUCAAAUUGCUUUCCAUAUGAGCUGAAAUGCUCAGACUAACAUUUGCAGACUCCUCUUCUGUGUGUGCCGGGUCCUGUAUUGCAGAGAAGGUCAACAAUGCAGUGUUUUCUGGGUUCUGUCAUUGACAUAGGCCAGUUUUCUCACUGAAUGUUAAGUUUAACUUUUUUGUGGGGAGUGGAUAGCCUGUUGCAGGGUAUCUGGAGUAUUGAAAUAUAUCUGUAAUAUGAAUUUGUUUCAUUAAAAUGUAAGGUUGUGUUUAAUUUACCAUCUGUAAGUGUUACUGUGUCACUGAAGCAGUUCUGGUGCUGGCAGUAAAGGUAUAAAAUGAGAAAAGCUUAGCGUAGCCCUCAAAAGUAAUGUAUUUUCUAUAUUUGUAUCAAACUGCCAAAGAAUACUUCUAAUACCUGAGUUCCCCUCAGUUCUCAAACUUCUGCAUAUCUCAGCUAAAAAGAUUUGUUUAAUAUUGGAGAUGGAUCUUAAGGCCUAGGAUUUGUCUGUAGAGGAUUGCUUAAUGAAACUAAAACGAUUAGUUCAGCUGCAUUUGAUUCAACUUAAUCAAAUCUCUUCUGAUGGCUAGUUUAAUUGUGAAUUAAGUGUUCCUCCUGGAAUUACUGUAGUUGAACUAAUCCCCGUUAUCACUUUGUUGGGAUUAUUUUACUGUCCCUGUGUGGGCAAUCUUCAGUGAGGUGUGCCAAAUGCACUGUGCAUAUCCAUGACUUGAUCUCUGAAUGUACAUCCUUGCAGUUAGCACCUCACCCUAGCUUGUUCUGUGUGAAGGUCUGUGGUAUUGCUAUAACAUGCUGUUUGGGUACCUGUACAUAAUGUGUAAAAGGAGUUUUUAUGAUUAGGGAAUCAAUUUAUUGAACUUUAUUAUUGACAGCUGAAUCUGUAAAACAAGAAAUCAAUAAAAGACUAUAAUCUUUCUA